GUCAUUGAAAGUGUCAAUCAGCGCGUGGUGCCCUUUGAUGUUCGCGCUACACGACUUGUCUUCUGCUCAAAAGCAGUAUUUGUUGCAGGCCGUGACUACAAUACUUUUCAUCUCGUCGUGGUCCUAUGUAUUUUUCUGUUUUCUCUCAGAAAGUUCGAGCCCUUAAAUUUUGAGAAAAAUUCACAAGUUUCUGACACGAAAGUGGAAGUGUCUUUGUUUUGUUUUGUGUUUUUUUUUUUUUUUUUUUUUUUUUUUUUUUACAAAGAAAAAAAAAAUGCCGCAGCUCAAUAGCGGAGGGGGAGAUGAUCUCGGAGCCAACGACGAAAUGAUUGCCUUCAAAGAUGAAGGAGAACAAGACGAAAAAAUUCAAGAGAACGCGUUUACGGAGCGGGACUUGGCCGAUCUGAAAUCGUCGUUGGUGAAUGAAUCGGAGAUCAGUCAAAACUCGCACCCGCCGGUGGUUAGAACAGGACAGCAGGAGGAGCAGAGAGUGUACGAAGAGAAACACAGGGAACACCUCGAACAUCUUGACGACGUACCAAAGCCUCAAGAUGGAGGGAUGUACAAAGCAUCGGCAUAUUCUGGAUACCCCUUCCUGAUGUUGCCGGAUCCCUAUCAUCCCAAUGGACAAGUGUCACCAUCUACUAACAAAGUGGCAGUGGUGCAGCAGCCUCAUGGGAUGCACCCACUUACAUCACUUCUGCCAUACAGCAAUGAACACUUCAACCCCAGCCCUUCACAUCUGACAUCAGAUAUGAGCCAAAAACCAGGUGUUCACAGACAUCAGCCUCAUGAUCUCCCAAGCUUCUAUUCCCUGCCCUCAGGAGGAGUUGGCCAAAUAACCCCAUCCAUGGGUUGGCAAAGUCAGCCUGUCUAUCCACUCUCCUCGUGUGGCUUCAGGCAGCCCUACUCUUCCAGUCUCGCCAGCAACUCCUCCUAUUCCAGGUUCUCUCACUCUCUUAUUAUGGGGACAUCCGGAAUGCACCCUACAGGAAUCCCACACCCUGCUAUAGUGCCCUCUUCAGGCAGGCAAGAGCACGACCAGUUUGACAUUAAGCCUCAUACAGAGUCAAAGAGGGAGAGAGAGCCUAAGAAGCCAGUCAUCAAGAAGCCUCUGAAUGCCUUUAUGCUCUAUAUGAAGGAGAUGAGGGCAAAAGUCAUCGCAGAAUGCACCUUGAAGGAGAGUGCUGCUAUCAACCAGAUACUGGGCCGCAGGUGGCAUGCUCUGACUCGUGAGGAACAGGCUAAAUAUUAUGAGCUUGCCAGGAAAGAGCGGCAGCUUCACAUGCAACUCUACCCAAGCUGGUCUGCCCGAGACAACUAUGGCAAAAAGAAGAGAAGAAAAAGAGAAAAGCAGCAAGAUUCUGCCACAGACCCUGGCUUCCCUAAGAAAUGCCGAGCUCGUUUCGGCCUCAAUCAACAAAUGGACUGGUGUGAUCCCUGCAGGAGAAAAAAGAAGUGCAUUCGCUACCUUCAAGGAAGACAGUGCGCCAGCCCCAAUUCUUCCGAUGGAAGUGCUGUAGAUUCACCCUCCUCUCCUAUUAAUCACUUCACACACCUCAUCUCUCCUCUAAACUGCCCCUUUCCUUUUCCUGAUGCAAGCAAUGUCCAUACGCAGACCAGAAAACACCCUUACCCUCAACACUCAGCCCUAGCGAACUCCCAAUUUUCUUCAGCAGAGCGAAAACAGAGAGCACAAUCCACACUUCAGUAGUCCAUAUCAUUAAACAAUGAGACCCAGAAACUCUUCUGCCUUCAGUGUUUUCACUAGACACUAUAAAAAUUUUAAUGGAGACACCAGCUGCUGUGUGUAUCACAUUGCCAGCAACUUAAUUGUAAAAAUUUUAAAAUGUCUUCAAAUGAUGGUAUUUUAUACCUAAUAUUAAACAUUUGUUUUUAUUUGUCAUUUUUCUUAUUCCUGUUGUUCCCUUUAUUUACAAAUGCCACUUUCUGAGUGCUAUGUCUGGUAUCUUUCAUCUAAACAUCAGUGUCAAGUAUGUUUCAAGCAACAACAAUGAAAAUGCUUCAUUUUGAUGUUUACCUAGUCCGCCACCAAUAAUAAAUAUCGAUUCUGAAUCUAUUCAGCCAUAGAAUAGAAUGUGCCAAAGUUCUCAAGUUAUAAUAGAGAGUUUAUGUUGAAUUAAUGCAGCUCUUCAAAUUACUGUGCUUGUUUACUUCAUAUACAACAAAAUUCUUUACUUCCUUUAAGUGGUGUUGAUUUGUUGUGUCUUCUUUUGUGACAUAUCCAUUUUUAAUAUAUUAAACAUUUUGGAAAACUUUGAAAA